AUUAUAUCAGAAGUGUAGAGGAAGAGUGAGUAGAGCCUGCUACACUCACUAACGGUCAAUAAAAACAGACAUGGAGCUCGGAUCAGUGGUUAGUGCUGUUAGAAGUAAGAGAGUGCUGAUUGGUGAUGAACUGCGUCCUGCUGUCGUAGUAAUAAAAGAUGGGAAAAUACAUCAGAUAGUGUCACACAGCAGCAGGCUUUCUGAGGAUGAUGGCUGUGAGGUGUUGGAUGUGGGUGACAGUGUAGUGAUGCCAGGAAUUGUCGAUUGCCAUGUUCAUGUGAAUGAGCCGGGUCGCACCUCCUGGGAGGGUUUCUGGACCGCAACAAGGGCUGCUGCCGCUGGAGGGGUGACAACUAUUGUGGACAUGCCACUGAACAGCAUCCCUCCAACUACAACACUCAGCAAUUUUCAUGAGAAGCUGCGGGAGGCGACGGGGCAGUGUUUUGUGGACACGGCCUUCUGGGGAGGAGUGAUCCCUGGCAAUCAACUUGAGCUGCGGCCCAUGAUCCAGGCCGGAGUCGCCGGCUUCAAGUGUUUCCUGAUCCACAGUGGGGUGGAUGAGUUCCCCCAUGUGGUCGACUAUGAUCUGCACACAGCCAUGAAGCAGCUGCAAGGCACAGGAAGUGUCCUCCUGUUUCAUGCAGAGAGGGAGGUUGAGAAACCAACAGAGGAGACUGGCGAUCCAUCCCAGUACUCCACCUUUCUGCAGUCCAGGCCAGAUAUCAUGGAGACAGAAGCUAUUCGCAUCGUCACAGAACUCUGCCUGCAGUACCAGGUGCGGUGCCACAUAGUUCAUUUAUCCUCUGCAAAGCCUCUGGAACUGAUCCAGAAAGCCCGUCAAGCUGGAGCCCCACUGACAGUGGAGACGACCCACCACUACCUCAGCCUGUGUGCAGAAAACAUACCGGCAGGAGCUACACAGUUCAAGUGCUGCCCCCCCAUCAGGGGAUCUAUUAACCAGGAGAAGUUAUGGUUGGCACUGAAGGCCGGACAGAUUGACAUGGUGGUGUCUGAUCACUCCCCCUGCACCCCCGAUCUGAAGAAACUGGACAGUGGAGACUUCACUCAAGCCUGGGGAGGAAUUUCUUCUUUACAAUUUGGCCUGCCUCUGUUCUGGAGCUCAGCCAGUAAAAGAGGCUUUCAGCUGUCUGAUGUUGUGAGGCUCCUCAGCAGAAAAACUGCUCAGCUCUGCGGUCUGGACAGCCGCAAGGGAAGCCUGGCCCCCGGCUAUGAUGCCGACUUGGUCAUAUGGGACCCAGAGAGAGAAUUUGAGAUUCAAGAAGGAAGUAUCCAUCAUAAAAACAAGUUAACUCCUUACCUCGGCCUCAGCCUGCAUGGAGCUGUAUGUUCCACCAUCCUGAGGGGUCGACUGGUGUACAGAGACAGAACCUUCUGCCCCAAACCUCUGGGGACACAUCUCCUCAUCCCCCCGAAGACUAAUCAAGCCCAACUGUGAAGCAUAACAACCGGCUCUAAUAAUAAUAAUAAACCUUAUUGUGUUUACUGACUCUGA